GGCUGAUCGAGACCGGCUCCGGCUCUGACUCCCCGUGCUGCGCAAGAUGAUCGCGUCCCACCUGCUCGCCUAUUUCUUCACCGAGCUCAGCCAUGACCAAGGGCAGAAGAUUGACAAAUACCUAUAUCACAUGCGACUGUCCGAUGAAACACUCCAGGAGGUGUCUGAGCGCUUCCGAAAGGAGAUGGAGAAGGGUCUUGGAGUAGACACCAACCCUACAGCAUCGGUGAAAAUGUUGCCUUCAUUUGUGAGAUCCACCCCGGACGGAACAGAGAAUGGAGACUUCUUGGCUUUGGAUCUUGGCGGCACGAACUUCCGUGUGCUGAGAGUGAAGGUGUCUGAUAAUGGCCUGCGGAAGGUAGAAAUGGAGAAUCAGAUCUAUGCCAUUCCAGAGGAUCUCAUGCGUGGGAGCGGGGUAGAGCUGUUUGAUCAUAUUGCUGAAUGCCUGGCUAACUUCAUGGAAAAGCUGAACAUGAAGGACAAGAAGCUGCCUCUUGGAUUCACCUUCUCUUUUCCUUGCCACCAAACCAAACUGGAUGAGAGUAUCCUCGUUACAUGGACUAAAGGGUUCAAAUCCAGUGGCGUGGAGGGGAAAGACGUGGUUGCCAUGAUACGUAAAGCCAUCAAGAAACGAGGGGACUUCGACAUCGACGUGGUCGCUGUGGUGAACGACACCGUAGGGACGAUGAUGACCUGCGGCUAUGACGAUCACAACUGCGAAGUUGGGCUCAUUGUUGGUACUGGUACCAAUGCAUGCUACAUGGAGGAGAUGCGGCACAUUGACUUGGUGGAAGGGGACGAAGGGCGGAUGUGCAUAAACAUGGAAUGGGGAGCCUUCGGAGACGAUGGCGUGCUGAACGACAUCAGGACAGAGUUCGACCGUGAGAUUGACAUGGGUUCACUCAAUCCAGGGAAACAACUGUUUGAAAAGAUGAUCAGUGGCAUGUACAUGGGAGAGCUGGUCAGGCUCAUCCUGGUGAAGAUGGCCAAGGAGGAGUUGCUGUUCGGUGGAAGGCUCACCCCAAGCUUGCUCACCACAGGACACUUCGAGACCGGAUAUGUGUCUGCUAUUGAAAAGGAGAAGGAAGGACUACAAAAAGCCCAGGAGAUCUUGACCAAGCUCGGGCUGGACCCAUCUGCAGAAGACUGCAUAGCCACCCAGCAUAUCUGCCAGAUUGUCUCCACCCGCUCGGCGAACCUCUGUGGUGCUACUCUGGCUGCAGUGCUGCGCCGAAUCAAGGAGAACAAAGGAGUCGACAGGCUGCGCUCCACCGUUGGCGUGGAUGGCUCGGUGUACAAGAAGCACCCCCAUUUUGCUCGGCGCCUUCAGAAGACGGUGCGGAAGCUGCUGCCAGACUGCGACAUCCGAUUCGUUCGUUCGGAAGACGGGAGCGGCAAAGGGGCCGCUAUGGUCACGGCAGUGGCCUACAGGCUAGCAGCCCAGCAUAAGGCAAGGCAGAAGACCCUGGAAGCCCUAAAGCUGAGCCAUGAGCAGCUGCUGGAGGUGAAGAAUAGGAUGAGGAUAGAGAUGGAGAGGGGACUGAGCAAAGCAUCGCACCCAGAUGCCACUGUGAAAAUGCUUCCCACUUACGUGUGCGCCACUCCGGAUGGAACAGAAAAAGGAGACUUCCUGGCCUUGGAUCUUGGGGGAACAAAUUUCCGUGUGCUGCUGGUGCGUGUGCGGAAUGGGAUUAGGCGUGGAGUUGAGAUGCACAAUAAGAUCUACUCAAUCCCGCAGGAGAUCAUGCAGGGGACAGGAGAGGAGCUGUUCGAUCACAUCGUCCACUGCAUUUCGGACUUCCUGGAAUACAUGGGAAUGAAGGGUGUGUCACUUCCUCUGGGAUUCACCUUCUCUUUCCCUUGCCAACAGAAUAACCUUGAUGAGGGAAUACUCCUGAAAUGGACUAAAGGGUUCAAAGCUACUGGCUGUGAAGGAGAAGAUGUGGUGAACCUGCUGAAAGAAGCCAUACAUAGGAGAGAGGAGUUUGAUCUGGAUGUGGUAGCAGUGGUGAAUGACACAGUAGGCACCAUGAUGACCUGUGGUUAUGAAGAUCCUUAUUGUGAAGUCGGGCUCAUCGUUGGCACGGGCAGCAACGCCUGCUACAUGGAGGAGAUGAGGAAUGUGGAACUGGUGGAGGGUGAAGAGGGCAGAAUGUGCAUUAACAUGGAGUGGGGGGCAUUCGGGGACAACGGCUGCUUGGAUGACUUCCAGACAGAAUUUGAUGUGGCGGUGGAUGAACUUUCUCUCAAUGCUGGGAAACAAAGGUUUGAGAAAAUGAUCAGCGGGAUGUACCUGGGCGAGAUUGUCCGAAACAUCCUGAUCGACUUCACCAAGCGGGGGCUGCUGUUCCGGGGGCGGAUCUCCGAAAGGCUGAAGACCAGGGGGAUAUUCGAGACGAAGUUCCUGUCUCAAAUUGAGAGCGAUUGCCUAGCCCUGCUCCAGGUCCGCUCCAUCCUCCAGCACCUGGGCCUGGAGAGCACGUGUGAUGACAGUAUCAUUGUGAAGGAGGUGUGCACCAUGGUAGCCAGGCGUGCUGCUCAGCUCUGUGGCGCUGGUGUGGCAGCAGUGGUGGAUAAAAUCCGGGAGAACCGCAAGCUGGACUUCCUUAAGGUCACAGUUGGUGUGGAUGGGACACUCUACAAACUGCAUCCUCACUUCUCGUUCAUCAUGCACGAAACGGUGAAGCAGCUGACCCCGAAGUGCGAAGUGACCUUCCUCCAGUCAGAAGAUGGCAGCGGCAAAGGGGCGGCGCUCAUUACGGCAGUGGCAUGCCGGAUCCGGGAGGCCGGGCAGCGAUAAGAGGGGUCGUUAGGAAGGCUUGGAUUUAUCAGAGCAAAACCAGCGGACCCUUUUCCACCCUCCAACACACACACCUUCUCCUGCUCCUCAACAUGCAGAUUUUUAGCUUUACAUGUUCUAUCAAAAUACUGAGACCUGAGGUGCCGUGUGUUCAAAGUUAUUUUCUUAGGAGUUUUAUUGCAUGCCAUCAAACUGCCUAUCGAGUACAGCUAAAAGUGUCAUCAGGGAGUGUAGCUACGUUUCCUGUCAAAGCCCUUUUUGUUUCACCACAGCCCAUUUAAAAUACUAAACCUCCCUCCCCAGCCACAAUGGCAUUUGUUCUGUAGCAGUAGAAGGAUAAUGCCAGAGCAAUUAAGACACUGCGUUGUCACUUCAAUAGUAAAUAGUACCUAUUUGUAGAUGUCAAGUCUUAACAUAAACACACUAGAAAGCAAAACCUCUUUUAAGAUUGGGUUAAAGACCUCCACUAGUCUUUUACCCUGAUCAAGGCUGUGUUAUUUCCAUGAAGGUCAUGGUAAUGCUCUUAAAAGCACAGGGCGCAGCAUUUAAACCAAUGCAUUUGAAUCUGCGCCGAAGGAUACAAAGUGUCCGUGUGGAGUGGUGAGUAAUAUUAAAGUACCUGCUGGAUCAAGUUAAAGGUGCUUCUUUAAUUCGACCAGCAGAGCAUCUGCCUGGAAAUACUUGGGGACUCAGGGUGUAGUUCCAUUUCCCAGCUUCUCUAUUAAUUAAAUGUGGUACUUGACAUGUGUAGCCAAUGGCGACCCCUACUGGAGCGUGCGUGCAUAGAAAAAAACAUCGCUGAAAUGAAUGGUUUCUCUUCCACAGCGGUUUCAACACUGUGCCCUCAUUUGAUGUGGUGAGUUUGGUUUUAUUUUUGUCUGUGAACUAGCUCUGUAUCUUUAUUUGUAAAAACCCCAUAGGUCACAUCUGGAUUUAUGCAUUGUAUUUAUGUUUCGAGAGAUCUUACGUCUUUUAUGUAUAUAGUCAUGAAUGGUGGAUUAUUAUUGACUAGUUUUAAUGUGGUUUGAGAGACUAGUGCAGAAUGCUUUUUUAUUAUUUAAAAUAACUGUCUGGGAGCGGGCUGGAAGGACUGAAAUUUCUGAGGAUAGGUGUAUGGAAGGGGUGCAGUUAUUUCAGGUCUUGUGUCAUCAGGGGAAAUGGAAGUAUGAAGGCCAUGUAUUCAGUGCACUAAAAGAAAUAGCAGCGGCCAGGGAACAAAUGAAUUGGUUAUUUCAGAGUCUGAUCCUGCUCGUUCUGGCUCACGA